UGACAGGUGGAUUAGGUUGCCCAACAACAUGCUCCUAAUAAGGAUUUGGAGAGAAAAAGCCGACGUCCAGCUGCGGCAGGAGCAGUUGAGUUCUCAGCAGUUCACUGCGGGUUUUUCGCACAUGCAAGGUGGUUUCUCAAUUAUUUUAAUAGGCCUAUUGUUGGGACAUUUUUCAGUGAGAUUAGAGGUAGAGUUUAGUGCACAAAGAAGACUUGUAGACAAAUGAACCAGUUCCCUAAUCACCCUGUCCCACUGCAGAGCACGUAAGUCCUCGAGCCCGGGCUUUCUUCACUUCCCUCAGUAGUUUGAUUCUACACUGGAGACCCUUUCUGCUCCCUUCAUUCACUUUUUAAUUAACAGAAUUUUUAUAUUUUCCACCAAGAAAAACCUAAACCCUUCUCAGUAAUUCAGGAAGAUCUUACUGGACUUCACAUCUCGAGCCAGAAUGGAUGAGAUCAGCCGGCUGCUGGGAACCAUUGGGCGCGUCCGCAGCGACACUCUCUCUUCUGAUGCCACACAGUCAACAGGCAGCAAACUGGCUCUGCGCCAUCAGCUCAACCAGCUGAUGACCUGCGUGGACGGCCUGGACCCCAAAACUGAGCUACACCAGAAAGUGGUCAAGACCCUGGAAAGUGCAUUUCUCUCCUGUGCCAAGAGAGCCAACAAACCAAAAAAGAACAACUUCAGACUUCACAUGGUGACGUGGAACGUGGCGACUGCUGAUCCUCCUAAAGAUGUGGCCUCACUUCUCUAUCUGAACUCACCACAGACUCCUGACCUCUAUGUCAUAGGACUGCAGGAAGUGUACUCAGGGCCAGUGAGAUUUGUGUCAGACAUGAUGUUUGACGACCCGUGGAGUCAGCUGUUUAUAUCCACCCUGGCACCACGGAAUUAUGUCAAGGUGUCAUCUAUGAGAAUGCAGGGUCUGCUGCUGCUCUUCUUCUCCAAACCGGAGCACAUCCCCUUCAUCAGAGACAUCCAGGCCACCUACACUCGCACUGGCAUGUUUGGUUACUGGGGUAACAAAGGUGGUGUGUCUGUCCGUCUGUCGUUUUACGGACACAUGGUCUGCUUCCUUAACUGCCACUUGGCUGCCCAUAUGAAGUAUGCAAAUGAAAGGGUGGAUGAGUUUGAGCGCAUCGUGAACACACAGACUUUUGAUUGCAAGAAAGCUCCAAAAAUAACUGACCACAGGCUGGUGUUCUGGUUCGGAGAUCUCAACUUCAGGAUCCAGGACCACGGCAUGCACUUUGUCCGCUCAUGCAUCAACAACCAAACCUACAACCUGCUGUGGAGUCAUGACCAGUUGAAUAUGCUGAAGAAGAAGGAGCAGCUGCUGCAGGAGUUUGAAGAAGGACUACUGGACUUUCAGCCCACGUACAAAUUUGACUUGAACUCGGAUACUUAUGACAGCAGGCUCUACACAACAUGGUUUGGCUUUAACGGCAAGAAGCGAAAACCUGCCUGGACCGACCGGAUUCUGUGGCGGCUCCGACCCAAAUCUCCACCCCACGAAGAGCAAGAGAAAAACGAUGUAAAGGAGAGGAAACAGCUGAAAGAGGAAGAAGAGGAGUACCCUCUGAAGAUCAGGCAGGAUCUGUACACCAGCAACAUGGAGUUCAGCAUCAGCGACCACAAACCUGUUAUCGGUAUCUUCACCCUGGAGCUGACGAAGAUGCAGCAGACUGCUCUGGUGAGUCUGCGCGCAGAAGGCGACUGGAGUGCAGAUAUUGACUCCAUGGUUCUCUAUCAACCCCUGCAGCUCUUCCCGUCCAGUACUUGGGACUGGAUUGGACUCUACAAGGUCGGAUUCAGCAGCGUGUCGGACUACAUCACCUACACAUGGGUCAAAGACGAUGAGGUGGCCUUUAAUGACGAAGUGAUGCAGGUGUUCAUGAGUAAAGAGGGAAUCCCUGUUAGGGGCGGAGAGUGUGUCCUGUGUUACUAUAGCAGCAACCUGCGGUGCAUCAUUGGACUUAGUGAACCAUUUAAGGUCCAAGAGUCAAAGGUAGCUGUGGCAGAAGGCUUGCUUCCUGAGAGGAUCAACGGACUGGACAAAAUAGCAGGGGGUGAAUAGUUUUGAAACAAAUCGCUCACAGAUGUGGAAUAACUGAUCAGUCCAACUGAUCCAGUUUUUUGACCUCCAGCUCAGAGUACAGAUUAGGAAUCUCAACCCCACUGACCCCAUGUUAUGACUGGUCUCCUGGUAGACUGACCAACUACUGUACUGUCUGGUAUAUUAUAUCUGGUUUUAUGUCUGGCUCAUGACUAAAGGCUUAGAGAUGUAAAGACAAAGGAUAUUGAAAGAUCUCCUUAAGCUUGCAGCUGUAAGUAACCAGCUCAGGGAUGAAGGAAGCAUAUUAAGUUCACUGUUUAAGAUUGGGUUCUUUCAGAAGACAGCAACCUUCCAGUAAACUAUCAGUCGACAUUAACAGCUACCAUUUGGAAAAGGGAAUUAGGCGGCAAACUUUUCUCUUUCCAUUUUACCUUAAUUACACCAGUUUGCAUGUAAACACUUCAGCAUUUAUUGAGUUUUUCCUGAGUGCCAGUCUGUGGUUGCACAAUGCACCGAUCCCUUGUUUUACAGCAACUUCACUCAUAACAGAAAAACUCACUAGAAACAGAAGCCACGCAACUUCCUGUCCUGGACGUAUGUGGCAUUUUGUGCAGGAAGUGUGAAAUGUUUAGAAAAACGUGAAGAAUUCCCCGCCCUGGGAUGCUACUCUUAUAUGUGUACUGUCAUGAAAACACUGCUGUUGUGUGCAAGCUAGAUGUGAUCAUGCUUUUAAAUGAUUUGUGAUGAUUGACAUUUUUGUAGAAACAAGCUGCUGUACAAAAAAACUUGACAAUUUGAAAGUUUGAACUUUGAAGCUCUUCAGUUGUUCGAUGAGAAGAGCUGUUUUAUUGCAGAUUUUAUUUCCAGGGACUAUAGGUCAGCUUUGCCACCCUGAAGUCCACAGGAAGUUUAAAACAAAAUAUUUAAAUCACUUCCUUUUAAUGCUGGUUGUGGCAUCACUGUAAACUUAAAGAAUAUUUGCACUGUUUAUUGUUGUGAUAUAAAUAUUUAAAAGCUGUCAUUAUUAUUAAGAACCUACAUUUUACUAACCGUUAUAAAUUCAGCAAGUGCCUUUUAAAUGAUUGUCUAAACUGAACUGGAUGCUGCUUACCGUAACUCGCGGUGAUACCUGCUUCACCGCUACCUGAUCUGCCACCUGGCAACAUCUUCACUGCUUCUUCAGAUCUCAUGUUAAUCUUUCUAAACUUGGAGCCACAUUUUAGCUCACUGGAAUCAGUUCUUUUAGACAACUUUCUUUUGCUGCCUUUUUAUGAAUGUACUGUAACAAAACAAUAAAAUACUACAUUUUCAAAAAUAAAAGUUAAACAAUUCCCUCCUCA